GUAGCCCAUUCAGCACCUGGUGGUUAGGUAAGCGUGAAGCACGUGCAAAAGCGCGAGCCUGGUGACGCUCAGCCUCGUCAAUGCCAAGCUCUCACAUAUGCCCGCAAUGGCAGCCUUGUCUGAGAGUUAAGCCUCCCAUUCAAUCCCCAUAUCUUCUUCCACCUUCGCACGGAUCCCUCUACUCUCCCGCGUCUUCAGCUCUUUAUUGACAAUGGACCCCUCUCAGACAAAAGCUCUUGCUGCGAUCCAACCUUUUGUCCACCUCGCGACUACAACAAAGACCCCUUCACCCCGCUUCAUUGCUGAACUGAUCAAGGGAGCCAUCUCCGCACACGGGGCAUAUCUUUUCACCGAGUUGCUUCAACUGCCAGCGAUCCAGAGCUUGAGAGGCACGGAAGCAGAACCAUGGUUGACAUUGUUGGAGAUCUUCAGUUGGGGGACGUACGAAGAGUAUAAAGCCGACCCCUCUCUCCCACCCCUCGACGAUGCUCAAACCUUCAAGCUACGCCAGCUUAGUCUUCUGACUCUGGCUUCACCGUUCGCGCCGACCGGCAAGAACGCAACAGCAAAUCCCUUGACAUACCCUGGGCUCUUGGCCUCCCUCCUGCUUUCGACUCCCCAAGAGCUGGAAUCCUUGAUAACACAGUCAAUCUACUCCGGCCUCCUCACUGCUCGUCUCAGCCCUACGUCGACUCCGCCAACCGUCCACAUCUUGUCUGUUGCCCCCCUUCGCGAUCUGCGCCCUCACUCUCUUCCCGUACUCUUGCAGAUCCUACAGACAUGGGAAUCGCGCUGCGUCUCUGUUGUGAGCGACCUCGAAGCGCAAAUCGCUGCUAUUCGUGCAACGGCACAACAGAGAGCGAUGCGAGAGAAAGCUAGGCAGAAUGAGGUAGACUCGCUUGUCCUCAACAAUGACCGACAGCAACCAUCAAGUGACAAUGGCGUCAUGUCGGAUGUCCGAGGUGGAAACGGACGUGCCGGUCGCGGCGCUGGCUUUGGUGCAGGCCAGCGUCCUCCCAGUAAGCGGGAUCUCGACCAGCAGAUGGAAGGCGAAGGUGAUGACGUGGAUGAUGACUACGAGGAGGGCAGGAUGGACUUGGAUGAGGGUAUCAGUGAGGGCCCAGGUGGCUUUACAGGGUCCGGACCGCGAGGCGGAGGGAGUGGGGGCUCACGAGGUGCAAAGCGAAACCGCGGACGGGGGUCAAAGUGAUGUUUUGGAUCUGCCGUCGAUUGAAUGCACCUUCAAGCGGACGAUAUGACUACUAGGUGGUACAACUCUAUCGAUGAGAGGGUGUCCGUCUUCGAACGUGUCGCUGGCUGGAGCUCGCAGAGUCGAAGCAAGUGCCCACACAGGCCGAACUCGUGCCCCAGGAAACGAAACACAUCCGGACGUACAGUUUGGUCGGUCGAUCUCAAGCAAGAAUGACGUUAGUCCUCUAUUCGAGCGAUGCAACAUACCUACCAUACACCACUCAGCCACUAGACCGGCUGAUGCAAUGCUAGCGUGGCCUGGGGCGGACUGCCUUGAGAGGCGAUCGUUGGGACGUCCGUCAAUGCCACCGGUUACCGUCAAGUUGAUUGACCGACACGAGGGGGAGGUAAUGGACAUGGUCACAUCCUGAAAAUCCUAGACGCGAUAAAUGAUAACGAACAUGAUGAAGAACCGGUCCCUGGGAACCUUACCCUAGGGACUCCAGCCGAUCCGAAUUCCGAUCCUAUCUCCUCCUACAUGUCUCCGCGAGCAAAAGCAAUGCAGCGAUUCAAACAGGACAUUUCCUUCCUUUCUUCACGUUCCUGUGUGCCGACGCGGCCACCGGGCCGGAAAGGGAGUUGAGUUGAAGAUGUAGACCAGUCGAAAGAGAGGGGGGACGCUCGUGCGUGAUAAAUCCAUGGAUGCCUACCUCGUACAGUCCAUACAACCGCGGCCUCGAGCUCGAUCUGCGUCUCGAUUUUGGAAAUAUUCAACGGUGGACGUGCAUAGAGAUGCAUAUAAUCCUUUUCGUCAUGGGAGACACUACGCCGGGAUCCAUUUUCCCAGCAGCGACGGAACGAAACGGC